GGCGGAUGUAAUGUAGAAAGCUAGGAUUGCACAGGGGACCACUUCAACAGCGAAGGUGUCACUAUUACGAAAGUCAGAAGGAUAUUUGAUCUUCGUCGUGAAUACAUUAUACUUAGUACAGCAACUACUAGAAGGAAGAAGGUUCCGAUUUCCUAAUUUUCAUUAACACUUUUUGGGUGCUCGUCCUCGUUAUAAUUUCGUUUCAUCUUUUUCAUUGACUCUAAAUUUCAGAGAUUAGAACUGAGAACAAAAUGGCGGAAAAGGACGACAAAAAGGACAAGAAGGAAAAGAAAGAGAAGAAGGAGAAAAAGGAUGGCGAGAAGAAAAAAAAGAAGCGCGAUGAUAGCGACGACGAGGGAGUCUCCAUGUGGGAUAGUGUCGGCGAAAUCAAAAACGUCGAUCUCACGAAAUCCGACAACUACCUCACCCAGCAAAGCGACAAAGCCCUGGAUAAGAGGUACUGAAUUACAAAUGUUCUUGAAUACUUACCUAGUCACAACUCAGGCCUUUCACAUCAAGAAAUGGCCCAGCUUUAUUGAUCGACUUGUACUGUCUGUGUCAGUACACUGCUUCCUGCUCAACAAGAAGUAUGUAUUUGAUCAAGAAUUGCACGCGGCGAAUACUAAUAUUUAUUAAAUGAAAAUAACAGCCUCGUCAGCCGCGACUUUAUAGUACAUCAAUCCACGCAUUAAAGGAACAAAGCAGACGCGAAAGCCUUUCCUGGGAAAAAGAUUGCUGUCGGCGGUUCCGAGCAGGAGACGAGCAGUGUCGUGGCUGACCUUUUGAAGCGCAAAGAGAAAGAGCAGAAGGCCAAAGCUGCGGAGAAGGAGAAAAACAAGGCCGAACGCGAGAAGGCGAAAGACCUGUACGCAGGCUUAGAUGAUGGCGCAGGUGAAAAGGACCGAUCGGAAGAAGAGCUAGAUCUCAAGGGUGAAUCCCUUGUAUCCGACAAAUUGGGAAACCGCUUGGAAGGGCGAGUCGUUCAUGAUUACCUUGCAACUGGAACCUUCAAGACACUGCGGACAGACGUAUUGAUAAAGAAUACUUCUAAUCUCUAAAAAUAUUUCUAGAACUACAACAAGCCUGCGCCUAGGCUCGUUUGCUAUUUCAUUUGCUAAAAGUGCAUUGAAGAUGUUGCAGUGUACUAGAAUUUGCGAAACUUCUUCAGGUCGAUCUGAAACUGGCCCCGAGUGUCCGCAACGUGGGAACAGGCGCUGUACGUGCAGGAGGUGCGACUGAGGAAGAGUUUCUGUCGCUCGGCCGUUUCACACCUGCUUCGGGACACGGUUUUCUUAGGAUAAGUGCAAAAGCAACCUCCUUGACCGUCUCCUGUAUACGGCCGACGUCGAUCUUUGUUUUGAGUCGGGAGGAGAUUGGUGUGGAUGCUGGCAUCAAAAAAUGGAGCAGCUUAGCUGACCCUACCGGUGAAGCCGGUGUAGAAACGACACUAGGCUAUUACGGGGUCAUCAAGACGAAGAAAAUUCUCAAGGAUGAGGAACUCACUUUCACAUUCGAGACCAAAACGAUGGGUUCAUACCUGGUCUUUUUUUUGCCGGACUUCAACGCAAAAACGUUUGCUGCCGACUUUAUUGCGCAGCAAGCCGAGGACGAUGAGGCCACAGGAACCCCUCAAAAAUCCGUGGGGCUUGUUGUCGAUGCACGAAACGACAAAACCUUGGACGAGAAAGUCGCCGACCUUAAGGAACGACAGGCGCGGGGUGAAAAACUCACAGCAAAGGAAAAGAAAAUGCUGGAAAGACACACCCAAGAAGUCAAGUACUUAUCGAACAUAGCAUCUUCUGUUUUCAACAAGCACCAGAGUCCACUUUAUUUUGUUCCUCAGGCUGGUUGAUGACAAAGACGUACUAGAUCGGACCGAAAAAAAUGCAUUUUGUCUUCGUUGAUGCAAUAUCAAUUUCGAAUCAAUCAACUGUACUGCUUUACUACAACUCAGAUACAGCAACCCAGACGACGAGGAGAACACCGGUGAUUUAAAGGCGUUUAGCAUCGUUCUGCCGGGUGGCAAGCUCGAGCACCCACCAUCAGGUGACGCCGCAGUCGUCGAGGGCUUCUCACUUUCUGCAGCAGGCAACUGGCUCUUCAAAAAUGCCAAUUUCAAGGUCGUCCAGGGUCACCGCUACGGUUUUCUGGGUCCCAACGGUAUGGGUAAGACAACCUUGUUGCGACACAUUGCGAAGCGCGAGCUCCCCAUCCCAUUGGACUGGGAUAUUCUCUUAGUCGAGCAGGAAGCGCGUGCGUCCAACAAGAACGUGGUAGAGGAAGUGAUGGCGGCGGAUGUCGCCUGUGUGCAGUUGCUCGACGAAGAAAAGGAGCUUAUGGAGAAAUUGGAAAACGAUUCAGCGUCACCAGAGGAAAUGGAGAAAGCAAGAGCUAGACUCGAAGAGGUUAGCGCGGAAUUGGACGCGAGAAAUGCGAAUGCGUUAGAGUCAACAGUCCGAAAGAUUCUGACCGGUCUAGGUUUCACGAAGAAAAUGCAAACGCAAACAGUACUGCUCUCGUGAGUCAUGAUAAUGUUUUCUACUACUACUGUGCUUACACUUUCAUACAACAAGAAAUUUAUAUUAAGUAAUCAUACCAGCACCAGGACCAGGUGCUUCAUCUGCUCAACAUAAAGAGUGUUGAGUUUCAAAAUGUCCCUUUCCAAGCACAAGAGCGUCAAAGUAAGUAUCCUCACUUUAAUUUUGUUUUUACUCAUAAUCAACACAGGUCGAAACUUUUUCGGGAGGUUGGCGUAUGCGUAUUUCUUUGGCCAAGGCACUGUUCAUGCAACCUAAGCUCUUGUUGCUCGAUGAACCAACAAAUCACUUGGAUUUGGAUGCGGUUUUGUGGCUCGACAAUUACCUGGCUGAGGAAUAUCCCCACACUGUCAUCUGUGUAUCCCACGAUGCCGAUUUCCUCGAUGCGAUCUGCACAGACAUCAUCCAUUUGGAUCAGCAGAAGCUGUUCUACUACCGUGGUGGCUACCGCGGUUUCCGCAAAAUGUUGGGCCAGAAGAAGCUCGAGAAGGAGCGCGAACUGAAGAAGAUGCAGGACGAAUUUAAGGCGUUGAAGCGAAGCGGUAUUGCCAAAGAUAAAGCGGAGGAGACAAUCAAGCGUAAGUUCCACUUGGAGUCCAUUAAUGACAUCCACGAAAAAAUCAAAGACUACAUUGUGAAGUUCAACUUUAUCGGCCUCGGCCAGGACAGCGCUAUCGGCGGAUUGAACGUAUCCGACGUUGCGUUCUCUUACAACGGUAAAAAACCUUACCUGCUGGACGAGCUGGAUUUCGGUUGCGACACGACAAGUCGCAUCGCGAUCGUCGGGCCCAAUGGUGUCGGUAAGUCAACCUUUCUCAACUUGAUGUUGAAGAAACUCGAGCCUCUAGAGGGCGAAGUAAGACACGCAAAUCAGCUACGAAUUGGUCAUUACCAUCAGCACUUCGACGAACUGUUGCCCUUGGACAAGAACGGCGUGGAAUAUUUGAUGUCUGACUUCUCGAAAGCGGGCAUUACGUCUCAGGAAAGAGCACGCGCAAGCUUGGGGCAGUUCGGAUUGCCUAGCUUUGCACAUCUGACAAAAAUCGGAAAUCUUUCCGGAGGUCAAAAGGCACGUGUGGCAUUCGCCGCACUGUCCCUCUCGCAGCCGCACAUUGUGGUACUGGAUGAACCGACAAAUCACUUGGAUAUCGAAUCCGUGGAAGCGCUCAUCGAUGCCGUACUCAUUCCUUUUGACAGCACUGGAACGAUGAGUAAAACAUACCCAUAGAUACUUGUAUUUCCUAGGUAGUUCUUCCUAAUAGUGAUGUGUAUAGUACGUGUUGUACAGGUUGUAGUGGGACUAACAAGUUCCAAAGACGGAAAGGAAUUCCAGAAGGUAGCAUGAUUAGCCAGGCUUUUCCUUCCCAACUACAACAACAGCUUGACAAGUACGAUGGUGGUGUGAUUCUUGUGACACACGACGCGCGAUUGAUCCAAGCUGUGGAUUGCACGCUUUGGGUUGUUGCUCUCCACGAUCCGACAGUAAAGCCAGAGACUGCGCAAAUUAAACGGCAUGAGCGCGGCUUCGAGGGUUAUCGCCAGGACGUACUGGGUGCGCUAGCAGACCGGGAGGAAGAGAUUGAGGCGAUGGCAAGACAGCGGGCUGCGGAGCGAGAGGAAAAGCGCAAGAAACUCGGCGUCACUGUGCGGGAAGUCGAAGUGCAGACCAAGAAGGCGGUUGCACCUCGUGUUAAGUCCCGGGGCGCGGGCGGUGAUGAGGACGAAGACGCAGAGAACGGAGACGCUGGUGCAGGGGAUCAGGACGGAUCGCCCAGUGGCGGAAACAAGAAGAAGAAAAUGACCGCAAAGGAAAGGCAGAUGAUGAAGAAGGAACAGGCAAAGAAGGACACGGAGGAUGCGGCAACAGCAGCGGCAGCGGCACAGAAAGAAGCCGCGGCGGCGGAAGCGGCCGAGGAGAAAGCUCGGACGGAGCGCGAAGCCGCAGCUGGAAUGCCGGACCAACUCGGAAACCUCUUAGACAAUUUGCCGGACAUUGACGACGAUAUAUUUGCCGCGAAAAAAAAGAAGAAAAAGAAGAAGCAGGUCGACAGCGACGAGGAGGAAGACAGCGACGAAGACGCGAAAAAGAAAAAGAAGAAGCGAUCGACCAGAAAGACUGCACUCGUCGACGAAGAAGACGCAGGUAGCGACGGUGGCGAGAAAAAGAAGAAAAAGAAGAGCCGGCGCGAGUUCAACCUUGUUGAGGAUGACGACGAGGACACUGCCAGAAAACAAGCGACUCCUCGUAGCAGUGAGGAAGAGAACAAGGCUGGCCUCACGUGUAAGAUGAAGGACAAGUUUGACGCCGUCGAGGAAGAGGAGAAGCCGAAAGCUGUGGAAAAAGAGGAGUCGCAAGCGCCUCCUGCGAAGAAAGAUGAUAGCGAAAAGGACGAUGAUGAAGAUGAAGACGAUAGCGACUCUGAAGUGGAUCUUGCUGCGUUCGCGAAGAAGCCGCAGGCAAAGAAACAGCCUGCUAAGCAGGAAUCCGACGGAGAGGACGAGUCAGAGGACGACGAAGUAGACUUAGCAGCCUUUGCUAAAGGUGGCAAAAAGAACUUCGACCCGCCAUCACGCGGAUCAAGGAAGGGAUCCACGAAUAGAGCAGCUAAGCCUGAGAGUGAGGACGAAGAGGAGGAAGAGAGCACUCCGCCAUCAGCACGCGAUAGCAAGAAGAACAAGUACAAGGGCGGCGCCAACGCAAAAGCCAAGGAACAACCCGCCGCCACAAGUAGCGCGUCUUCAACAUCAUCUCCCCGUGGUUCCCCAUCUGCCGAAGAAGCGAAACCAUCCGCGCCAGAAGCGAAACCAUCUGCUGUCCCAACGAAGACCGAGUUCAAGAUUGGAAAAGUGACGUUGUCAGAAACGAUGAAGAAGAAAGGCACUUACCAAUUGGAAAUCGAUGUUGGUGCAGAGGAAGUCAUAUCCAUCGUAACAUCAACGUUCGAGAGCGUGCCAGACGAAGGCGCCAUCGUGGUCGUUGUGCCGGAAGGCGUCAAGGGGCCGGACGGCAAGGAAGUGAAGCGCAGCAAAGUCGCUGGUGCGUGGAACUGCGGUGCACUCCUGUCGUGUCUGCAACUAGGUCUAGACGGCACCGCCAAAGAUGUUGGCGUGCUAGAUCCAGAGGUCUACGAAGCUAAAAUCGGCCAUUUCUACGAGACGGAAGAGACGUCAUCAGCUGGUGGAGCGAGGCCGGCUGCAGCAGACGCAUCAGGCGGUCAGGACGACAACGAGAAUGACGACGGAGAACAAGACACUGCAGCGCAAGGUCGAGAAAGCACCAAGAAGGGCAACAAAAGGGGCAAAGGUGGGGGCGCGGUGCCAGCACAGAAAGAGCGCUUACUUCCGCCAGAAUCGGGUGAGAACACCGCAAAUCCGAGCCAGCCAGGGUCCGAUGAGGAAGAUAACGCACCAAAGGGUGCCGCAGCAGGCGGACAGAAAAUGGGUGCAGCGGCGAAGAAACGCGCAAAAAAGGCGGCUGCCGCCGCCGAUGAUGACGGAGGAGCACCUGCCCAAGGCGGCGGAGGUAAUAAGCCAGGCGGAAACGCAGGCGGUGCUGCGGGUAAAAAGGCCCGCGGUACGGCCAACAUCACUCUUGAGGAGGAAGCGCCGAUAAACUGGGACUCUGAUGACGGAAAAAAGAAGCGUGGUGGCAAAAAGAAGAAGUGAGGACGAAGACGAUUUGAGAAUUACCCUGAUUUAUAUAUACUUAAUCACAUUUCGAUUUCCAGCACGACUCAAGUAGAACAUCUUGAUCUUUUUUCAAAAUCUAUCGUAUUCUUGCUCUUUUCAUGAUUUGUGUUUGCUUCUACUACAAGGAUGUCAUCGUCCUGCUUAAGAUCAGUUCGAGAUGAACUACGCUGUUUGUCUUCCUUAUUCUCGGUGAAAACCCACUGCAGUUCAUCAACAUUGCCCAAAUGAUCAUUUCAUAACUGCAAGCUGAUCACGUUCUUCUGAAGAUCAAAAAAAGGUCCUCGAAGUGUAUUACAACCUUGUUGUUGGUGUAGUUACCUCGUCUGGUAUACGAGGUAUCAAAGUGCACCACGGGAUCAAAUCUCGAAAAAAAUGCGUGACUUUCGAACUCGGAAGAAU